CCCCGUCCGUCCCCUUCGUGGCUUCGUCUCGCUCUCGCGUCCCCUCUCGACCCUUCCAUUAGCGCCAUCGGAAUCCUUCCCCGGCUUCGCUCUCGCACACCAUGGCUCGCCUCCUCGCGGCGCGAACCCUUACCGUGGCCCGCUUCGCGGCGGGGCCCUCCUCCGCUCUCCGCUUCCGCCCCUCCCGUGCCCUGUCGGCAAAGGUGGAGUUCGUCGAGAUCGACCUCUCCGAGGAGUCCCCGUCAUCUUCAUCCGGAGGGGGAGGCUCGGGCGAAUCCGCCAAGGUGCAGGCACAGAGGGGGAUGCGGCGCCUGGAGGACGCCAUCCACGGGGUGCUCGUGCGGCGGGCGGCGCCCGAGUGGCUCCCCUUCGUCCCGGGGGCAUCCUACUGGGUGCCGCCGAUGCCGCGGCCGCUCGGGGUGGCUGACCUCCUCGGGGCGGCCGUAUACACCGCGAGUGGUGCCCCGGCGAUGACUGCGGAGGAGGCGAUGAGCUUCAGAACCGUGCGGGGUUGGCCGUCCGCGGCGUACUUUGUGGAAGGUACAAAUAGUAUACUGGGCCAGAAAUGUUUUUGAUUGAGCAGGCCGCGCUUUCAGUACCAUGUGGGAUGAGCUAAGCGCAAGUUAUCGGAAAAUUUCCACAUCCCGUGAAGAGACCAAGAAACGAUGCUACUCAAACUGAUGAUGAGGAAAGCUAAUCCACCGAUGCUACUUUACCAUUCUACCCAGAGCUCCAAGAGGUGGCAGCUCGGAGCUGUGAAACACCGCUGAUGGUUGUACAUAUAGAAGCUAGGGAGCCCAGCAACAAUGAAUCCCCCUUUCAUCUCUUCGCUGGAAUAUGAUGCCUGCGCACUGCCAGCCAAAAGCCACGAAUGUAAUCCUUUGUAUUUCGCAGAACCCGGUGCGGUAGCACCUGAACAUGGGGGGGUUGUAUAAUGUAAGAUUCCCAGUAGCUGCGAUGCUUGAUCUAAUAGUCCUAGUACCAUGUUUUUCCCUUUUGAAUAAAAACACGCGGUGGGCUUGAACCGUUACGCUCGAUGUGUAAGGUCCAUUUGGCUGUGUGUUCUUCCGAGUUCGUUUCGUACUGAGGCCGCAGCUUUGGCCACUCGAGUGUUUCUGGUCUUGGACCCUGUUUUUUCA